AUGGAUUUAGACACGGAUGUACCAAUGGAGGACGUUGAAGAACAACAACAAAACUACAAUAACAACGAAUCCACUUCAACCAAACCUGCAACCAAAUCCACAAUCAAGGAAACAUCUACCACAGAUAACGAAGCUAAAGAGAAAGCGCCACCUCUAGAUGCCCUGUCAAUCAACCAAUUAGACGCAUGGAUUGAAAAGCUAUCCAAAUGUGAACCGCUUUCGGAGGCCGACGUCAAGAAGUUGUGCAACAUGGCUAUUGAUGUAUUGCUACGCGAAGAAAAUGUUCAGCCAGUGCAUGUGCCCGUCACGAUCUGUGGUGAUGUUCAUGGUCAAUUCCACGAUUUGAUGGAGUUGUUCAAAAUCGGUGGACCUUGUCCCGACACCAAUUAUUUGUUUAUGGGUGACUAUGUCGAUCGUGGUUACUACUCAGUUGAAACUGUAUCAUAUUUGGUUUGUAUGAAGGUGAGGUUCCCCAACAGAAUCACGAUCCUAAGAGGAAACCAUGAGUCGAGACAAAUUACUCAAGUUUAUGGGUUUUACGAUGAAUGUUUACGAAAAUAUGGCUCAGCAACCGUUUGGAAAGUGUUUACCGACUUGUUUGACUACUUCCCCAUCACAGCAUUAGUUGACAACAAAGUAUUUUGCUUACACGGUGGGUUAUCACCCAUGAUUGAGACCAUUGACCAAGUCAGAGAGUUGAAUAGAAUUCAAGAAGUGCCACACGAAGGACCAAUGUGCGAUUUGUUAUGGUCCGAUCCUGAUGAUAGAGGCGGCUGGGGUAUUAGUCCUAGAGGUGCUGGAUUCACUUUUGGUCAAGAUAUUUCGGAGCAAUUCAACCACACCAAUGACUUGAGCUUGAUAGCUAGAGCGCAUCAGUUGGUCAUGGAGGGGUUCAGCUGGAGCCACCAGGAAAAUGUUGUUACCAUCUUUUCCGCUCCCAAUUAUUGUUAUAGGUGUGGUAACCAAGCGGCAAUAAUGGAGGUUGAUGAACAACACAACAGACAAUUUUUGCAAUACGAUCCUUCGGUAAGGCCAGGCGAACCCACAGUUACAAGGAAAACUCCUGACUAUUUCUUGUAG